AUGGAUCCUACUACCAGAAACAUGUCCAUCGGCACCAAGACGGAGAUCUCAGCCUCCAACUUCGAAACAGACGUCGAAUCGGUUCGAACCGAACCCAACUUUCGUCUGUACCGCUUGAUUGACAGCACCAGACUGGGCCUCACAAUCCUCGGACUUGCAGCUGGCUUGACCAUCCUUGGUAUUUCCGCAGAUGCCCUCGCUGUCCAUAAUGCUACAUACGUCCCUCAAGAUUGGUUCCUGCAACUAUGGCCUGCCAACUUUGAUAUGCGUCCUACUGUGGCUUUGGUAGUCGGCAGCGCCCUUGUUGUUGUAGCCAAUCUCAUUUCGUUGAUCGCCGGCAAGAUUCCAGCCGCCCGCGGUAACGCAGCAGUCAAAGCAGGUGUUAGAUUCGCUACCCCAGCCGUCGCUCUGAUCGCCGCCAUCAUCGCCAUGUCCUUCUUCUAUGGAGUUAACGCAUCAACAACCAAUGACUCCCUCCAAAGCUGGACUUGCCGCUGGAAGGACGUGACAAUGAACGUGCAGCCACACUUUGGCACACUCUGCAAGCAGAGUCGGGCCGGUGUAGGACUCUCUGUUAUGCUAGUCCCCGUUGAGGCUAUAAUUCUGGGGUUGGCAGUGUACCAGUUCACCCUAGAGAGGCGCUUCAACCUGAAUGCCCGUGGACCUGGACGCAAGACGGGAAGCCCAGCCCUGUCUUGA